UGUCAGUUCCGAACCAUGUCUGUCAAAGUCAACCAAUCGGGUUGCGUCUUGUUGGCCGGUGCACCGGUUCGCCGGUCGGUUUGCAGCUGGGAGAGGGGAAGCAACUGGCGAGGGCAGCAUCGGCGGAGCGGUGCUAUGGACCUCAGGGACAAUGUCGAGACCGGGGAGACGGAAAACCACACAGAGCUGUUCUCCGUGCCGAUCCCGGAGGAAGCGCCGUGUAAGAGGGAGCAGGAGAAGCUGUCAGGGGUCGUCAAAAACGUCCACAGAAAACUGCGCAGGAAAUACAGAGAGGUGGGCGACUUUGACAAGAUCUGGCGCGAGCACUGUGAAGAUGAGCAGACGCUGAGUGAGUACGCCCUCGCCAUGAAGAAUCUCGCUGACAACCACUGGACCAAAAACUGCGAAGGAGAGGGACGCAUCGAUUGGUGUCGCAGUGUCUGUCAAGAAUACUUUUUGGAUGGCGGGAUGAAAAGAAUGUUAGAGAAGGAUGAGAAAAGUGCCAUGCUCACCAUGGGUCUGACUGCAGCGUCUGUAAGUGCCCAACCGAAUAGCACCAUCCCCAGUUCAAUCUCUCAGCUGGGGAAAAUGCGCCUUCUUGACGUGGGAAGCUGCUUCAACCCUUUCUUGAAGUUUGACGAGUUCCUCACAGUUGGUAUUGACAUAGUGCCUGCAGUUGAGAGCGUCUACAAGUGUGACUUCCUCAACCUUCAGCUCCAGCAGCCUCUCCAGCUGGCGAGCGAUGCGGUUGAGGCGUUCCUCCGCCAGCUCCACAACCCCAUCGACUCGCUGCCUGCCCAGCUUUUCCACGUGGUGGUCUUCUCCCUGCUCCUGUCCUACUUCCCCUCACCAUACCAGCGCUGGAUCUGCUGUAAGAAGGCCCACGAGCUGCUGGAGCUUCACGGCCUGCUGCUCAUCAUCACGCCCGACUCCUCCCACCAAAACCGCCACGCCCUUAUGAUGCGCAGCUGGCGCGUUGCGGUGGAGUCACUGGGCUUCAAGCGCUACAAAUACGUCAAGUAUUCCCACAUGCAUCUCAUCGCCUUCCGCAAGGUGUGUCUGGCCACCACCAGCGACCUGGUGUCACGCAACUACCCAGAGAUGCUCUACAUCCCUCAGGACUUCCACUCCAACGAGGAGGAAGAGUGUGCCGACGUGCCCGUGCAGGUGCGCUCCGAGUUUGAGGAUGACCAGAUGGCAUGGGGCUUCUCGGAGCUGCCUGACACGCCCUAUGAUUCAGAUUCUGGGGAGAGCCAGGGCAGCUCGGUGCCUGGUUUCCACGAGCUAGAAGACCCCAUCCUGCUUCAGAGCUAGGUUAGCUCUCCUCCUCCUCCUCCUCCUCUCCUUUCCUCCACUGUCACCUCCCCUUCAACUGCUGCGCUGCCAAAUUUAACCUGCUGCAUUCUUCUCCCACGUCUCCUCCCUCUCCUGAAAACAAUGCAGUUUGCACAGUGUGAAAGACAGAAGUUUACAGAUUAUUUUCUCAUAUCCACACUCCUCUGAGAGUACACACACAGACACACACACAUAUCCACAUAAACACACACACUAAGAUGGAUAUAUUUUGAUAAAUAUCUAGGUUUUUUAAGAGUUGGAAAGUGAAUGCCCUGACGAUAUCUUAACUCCCCGCUCCUUGAUUUCCAUAUCAUCUUCCAAUCAGCUUUCAAUAACAAAAACAGCUUGUCUGUACUCUGUCUCUAUAUGAAUAAGCUAGUGUGGCAGGCUGCUUAGUAUAAAAGACAAACAACCUGAGCAGUCUGACAGGAGUUUGAUUGCACUGGAGAGACUGAGAUGGAGUGACUGGACUGGUACGCUUGCUUCUGUCACAGUCAUGCAGCUAGACUUUCUGAAAAUCCUUGAUGUGCAUUUAGUUUUCCAAGACAAAAAAAAAAAAAGAAGUUCAUCGUUUUGAAAUAUAUAUUCUCAACAGUCAAAACAUUGGUGUUGUCCAGUGUAAAGUGUGGCAGUGCCAUUUUAACUUGGCAUCAUCUGAAUGAUUUGUGUAUCUUUUACAAGAAAGUGGUAUUUGUAGCAUUUUAAACAUUUUCAGAACCAUACGGUAGGAGUAUUACUAGGUUUACUAAUGUGAAACUGUAACUGUGUUUACUCAUUGUGUAACAAGGUACGAGUGUUUCAAAGUAGGUAUUAGACUUUUUUUCCUCCUCUCGUUGUCCUCACAAAUAUUAAGACUGAAUUAUCUCCAGUACAUUUUGUGCUCUCUAGCAGAGAAAUAGUACAACACAGCAAGUCAGUGACCCAUAUCAAAUGGACUUUAAAGCACCAGUAUCCUUUGACACAAUUUUGUAACUUUGUGAAACUAAGUACUCUGCCUCCAGAAAAGAUCCAGAUCUGAGCUUCUCACAGAAAAUUCACCUUGACACAAGAGAUUUGCACUAAUUUACUGUUUUGUCAUACAGAACCUCUGAAACAGGUGAGAAACUGUAGAUUUUAGCAAUAGCAAACCAGAGCAGAUCUGAAGAUGCUGUAUUCGACGGGGGGAGGUUUUAGCUAAAGACACUACCAGAUGAAAUGUUAGUGUGUGUUCUGCCUGUCCCUGAAUGGGCUCAUUGUGUGGGUGUGGUUGGGUUUGAUUGUGUGAAUGAAGGAAUGAGUUUACGUUGAUGUGUUAUUGUCAGUGGCACUUUAUCAUUGAUCCCAAAGGGUGUCACAAGAUGUAAUUAUUUUCCUAUGAUGACAGUUUUACAACCAAUAUGACGGGCCCAUAAGAUAAUACCAAUAAGUCUAAGGUGCCUUCUUUGUUCACAUUUACUGUAUGUUGCAAGCAGACUUUCAUGCCCCUGGAGAAAAUGAAAUUCAUACCUUUCAACUAAAAAGAUAUGAAGCUUCUGAGGCCAAACAGUACGUACAAACUGUCCAGUUCUCCUUUGACAUAUUAAUGGAUAACAAGAGACAUUUCCAGUGUUGAUGUAAUGCAGUGUGUUGUUGCCAUACCCAUAUCAUUUUCCAGUUAAUGCACAUCUCUAUGCUGAUAUCUUCUCUGUUUUAACAGGAAAACAACAUUUCACAGUACCGCACAUAUUCAGACUUUAAGGUUUUGUGAUUAAUUGGUGCAUUUGUCUUCCAAUGUUUCUUUUUGGUCCAUUUGCAUGAGUUGUUUCAUCUUCAUUUUCAACAUUUUCAACAAUGCAGAACAAUGUGUGCUUAUAGUAUGGUUGUAUUUCUCUUUUAUA